AUGAAGUUCGCCACCUCCAUCCUAGCCACCGCCAUUCUCCUUUCAGAGAUCGCCCAAGCUCGUCAGGAACUUGCUUCCAAACCAAAUGCCCUACAUGUCAAUAAGCACGCCUUCCAUCAGGCCGCAACCGCAUCCCGCACAUGUAGAAGCAUAAUAGCGAGCCCUCUCACGAAGCGACAAGCUGGGCCUCAUUACUGUCAAAACUAUCCCUGGAGCGAGACUGACUGGCCCCUUGACGGUUAUUGCGAAGGCCUUGCCUACGACGGUGGCAAUAUUGAAUGCUGGCGGGACAACCAGUGCCCUAUCGACUCUGUUGAUGGGUUGUUGUUUCCAUGUACCUGGCACGAGACACAUGAGGGCUAUGCCUCGUGUGAUGGUCGAAACUUUUACACUGGGUUUGAUUCACCACCAUCAUCACCAGAACCCCAGCCCGCAGCAGCCAAAAGAAGCAACAACAAAGCUAAACCGGCCAAUGCACGUACAACAUCUAAGUCUCCCAAAUCACCGCCAGCAAACAAGCAACGCCGAGUGGGAAAAUCCAAGCCCAGGCUGGCCACGAAAUCGAAAAAGGACCAAGACAGAGUUGCCAAGGCAAAGGCUAAGGGGACCAAGAAAUCUGCACCAGCUAAGAAACCUGCACCGGCCAAGAAUCCUGCACCGGCCAAGAAUCCUGCACCGGCCAAGAAUCCUGCACCGGCCAAGAAUCCUGCACCAGUAAAGAAGCCUGCGCCAGCCACGAAGCCUUCACCAGCCAAGAAAGCCGGCCCGGCUGGAAAAGCGAAGGGACCUUCGAAGCGCAGGGCACCUUCAAAGCGCAUGGCACCUUCAAAGCGCAGGGCACCUUCAAAGCGCAGGGCACCAAGAAAGGCCUAG